CAGUCAAACUCGGAGUGUGGAAAUAAUGGGUGUGCAGUGUGGGAAGGAGUGUUACGCUAUUAGCAUUGCUGCUGCUCUUACAUUCCUGACUGGUAUCUACCAGGUCAUGAUGGCAGUGUUUCGGCUGGGCUUCGUCUCAGUCUACCUUUCGGCUCCCAUGUUGGAUGGUUUUGCCACGGGAGCCUCGUUUACUAUCCUGACCGUCCAAGCCAAAUACCUCUUGGGUCUGAAGAUUCCUCGCCAUCAGGGCUAUGGCACUGUCGUUGUAACCUGGAUCAACAUCUUCGCCAACAUUCACAAGACCAACGUAUGUGACCUUAUCACCAGUGCCAUCUGCAUCACCGUCUUAGUGGCAGGAAAAGAGAUCCAGGAACGCUACAAAGAUCGUUUAAAGAUCCCACUGCCGACUGAACUGGUCGUGGUUGGCGGAGCGACGCUGGCCAGUCAUUUUGGAAAUCUCAACCAUCAUUACGGCACCAGUGUUUCAGGUCACAUCCCCACUGGCUUCAUCCCUCCUCAAGUGCCCAGUUUU